CUGUCAAUAUUCGCUCCUUGCUAACCUCUCGCUGUCUGUUAUUUUCUGCAACAAGAUGGCUGUCGCUCCCGAGAGCAGAGUCCUCACUUUCAGCGUUUUUAAAUGGAGCUCUUACUCGUCUACAUAUUUACCUGAGAAUAUCUUGGUGGAUAAACCUAACGAUCAGUCCUCCAGGUGGUCUUCUGAGAGCAACUAUCCUCCACAGUUUUUAAUCUUAAAAUUGGAAAGGCCAGCAAUUGUUCAGAGCAUCACCUUUGGGAAAUAUGAGAAGACUCAUGUGUGCAACUUGAAGAAGUUCAAAGUGUUUGGUGGGAUGAGCGAAGAAAACAUGACCGAGCUUUUGUCCAGUGGCCUUAAGAAUGACUACAACAAGGAAACGUUCACCUUAAAGCACAAGAUCGACGAGCAGAUGUUCCCCUGCAGAUUUGUCAAAAUAGUGCCUCUGAUGUCUUGGGGUCCGAGUUUCAACUUCAGCAUCUGGUACAUUGAGCUGCAUGGAAUUGAAGACCCAGAUGUGGUGCAGCCCUGCCUUAACUGGUAUAGCAAGUACCGAGAACAGGAAGCCAUCCGCCUUUGCCUGAAGCACUUCCGACAGCAUAACUACACAGAGGCCUUCGAGUCGCUGCAGAAGAAGACUCGAAUAGCUCUGGAGCACCCCAUGCUAACCCACCUGCACGACCGACUGGUGCUGCAAGGAGACUUUGAUGCCUGUGAGGAGCUGAUAGACAAAGCUGUGAGAGAUGGCUUGUUUAACCAGUACAUCAGCCAGCAGGAGUACAAGCCCAGGUGGAGUCAGAUCAUCCCCAAAUGCAACAAAGGUACAAGCGCCCAAGAAAUCAACCGCGACGACAUGAACAGUGACGGUGACGACAACAGGCCGGGGAUGAGGGGAGGACAUCAAAUGGUCAUUGACGUCCAAACUGAGACGGUGUACCUGUUUGGAGGCUGGGAUGGGACGCAGGAUUUGGCAGACUUCUGGGCCUACAGUGUGCAGGAGAACCAGUGGGCCUGCAUCUCCAGAGACACAGAGAAAGAGAGUGGUCCGAGUGCUCGCUCAUGCCACAAGAUGUGCAUCGACUCACAGCGGCGACAGAUCUACACGCUGGGCCGCUACCUGGACUCCAGUGUCAGGAACAGCAAGUCGCUGAAGAGCGAUUUUUACCGCUAUGACAUAGACGCCAACACCUGGACGCUACUAAGCGAGGAUACGUCGGCCGACGGAGGGCCAAAGUUGGUGUUUGACCACCAGAUGUGCAUGGACUCUGAGAAGCACAUGAUCUACACGUUUGGGGGUCGGAUCCUGACGUGUAAUGGAAGCGUGGAUGACAGCCGGACGUCGGAGCCGCAGUUCAGCGGCCUGUACGCCUACCACUGCCAACUGGGGACGUGGAGCCUCCUGCGGGAGGACUCGUGCAACGCUGGCCCAGAGGAUGUUCAGUCCCGUAUCGGGCACUGCAUGCUCUUCCACACUAGGAACCGCUGCCUCUACGUGUUUGGUGGUCAGAGGUCAAAGACGUACCUCAAUGAUUUCUUCAGUUACGAUGUGGAUGGAGAUCACGUAGAAAUCAUAUCUGAUGGCACCAAGAAAGACUCUGGGAUGGUGCCGAUGACGGGCUUCACCCAGAGAGCCACCAUCGACCCUGAACUCAACGAGAUCCAUGUCCUGUCCGGCCUCAGUAAAGACAAGGACAAACGCGAGGAAAAUGUGCGCAACUCCUUCUGGAUCUACGACAUCGCCCGCAACAACUGGUCUUGUGUGUAUAAGAACGAUCAGGCAGUGAAAGAAAACCCAAGCAAGGCUCUGCAGGAGGAGGAGCCAUGUCCACGCUUUGCUCACCAGCUGGUCUACGAUGAGAUGCACAAAGUGCAUUACUUGUUUGGGGGAAACCCCGGGAAGUCUUGUUCUCCUAAGAUGCGCCUGGAUGACUUUUGGUCCCUCAAACUGUGUCGGCCCUCCAAGGAAUACCUGCUCCGCCACUGCAGAUACCUCAUCAGAAAAUACAGGUUUGAAGAAAAGGCCCAGUCAGAGCCACUGAGUGCACUGAAGUAUCUCCAGAACGACCUGUCUCUCACUGUAGACCACACAGACCCGGAUGAGACCAAAGAGUUCCAGCUGCUGCCCUCGGCGCUCUUCAAGUCCAGCUCUGACUUCAUCCCUCUUGGUUUCUCAGACAUAGACCAGACGUACGCUCAGCGGACACAGCUCUUCGAUACGCUCGUCAACUUCUUCCCAGACAGCAUGACUCCACCUAAGGGCAACUUGGUAGACCUUAUCACGCUCUAGCCCCUCCCAGCCUGCCGCUCGCCACACUGCUCUGACUGAACGCCCAGCCGCACACACCGUGUGGAGACAGAGACCAGUUAUUUUUCUAUUCUGGAACGCCCCCUGCUGGUGGGAUCACACUUCACCCACCUCCACCCCACUGAUCUGCUGCUAUCACGGGCUGCAUUACCAUGACGAUGAGGGCAGCAAACACACACACACUGCUGUCCUUGUUGAAUACGUGAAAUUUCUACAACAGCCUGAGGGUGUGUGUGUGCGUGUGUGUGUACACCUGUGCUUUUUUCCUUUUGUCUUGCUGAUGGAGACUGCAGGAGCCAAGCCCAGCGCAUCACUUUUGUUUUUGUUUGUUUUUUGUUGUUGAAGCUAAACAAAAAUAAUUUGCACAUUUGUUUGCUGACUCUUCUUCGAUCUGUGCUUUCAGAAUCAACCACACAUGUCCAUUCACAUGUUUACAUCUGAGGCCAGUUGUUAAAAAAUUAAGAUUGUGUUGUUUUUUGUUGUUUCUCCUAUAAAACCACAUGUCAGCGUCAUUUUAAUGAGUUGGUAAGCUGGCUUUCCUGCAGCACCUGCCCCUAUUUAUGAGUGUGACGGCUGCACAGGCUGGAAAAAGUCAGCAGUUUUAAGCAUCGUAGGAACAAUAGAGGAAUGAUUCUAUGAGAUAAAGUUUAAUAUAUAUAUUAAAUAUAUAGGUAUAUAGGUUUUGGUUGCUAUCCCUGUAAAACUGGCUGAUAACAGUGAAAUUAUUGGCCUGUCGUUGAAUUCUGAGUGGAUGUACAGAAUAUGUAAAUAUACAUAUAGGAAUUUGCUCCACGUGUCCUGGGCUUGUGUCAGGUCAUGCUCUUUCUCCCCAUCCUUAUCAACAAAUGUCAAAAACAAAAAAACAUCAGGGUCCAGUCACUCUGUGGCUCCACAUUUAGCAGUUACUUACUGAGGAGAGUUUAAACGAGACGUGAGUGAGGUGCUGGUGCAGGUAUCCACCGUGAUCUUUGCAGAGCAGCUAAAGGUGUUUUCAGUUUGGCAGCAUGUUCCUUCAAUGGGAGGAUGAAGUGCAUGAAGCUCUGGUCUGAUUAUCAGUCAGUCACAUAUACAAUCAUGGAACUUCCAGCUUAUGAUCUGCGUUGAAUAUUAAAGGCUGGGUUAUCAACUUUUCUGUACUGAUAAUAAUUAGUGCUGUGAGCGUUAAUCUCAUUAAAAUGACGUUAACGUCAUACCUGAAUUAACGCGGAAAAUCUCCGAGUUAGCGUGGCUCGCCCGUGCGUGGGGCUGGACAGCACUAACCCGUUGGUGGCGUGCAGCCCAACGAGCGAGCCGCGUUAACUCGCUAACGGAGAUUUGCCGCUUCAAAGCGGUUCUGGCGUUAACGUGAUUUCAACUGGAUCAACGCUCGCAGCACUAACAAUAACUCAACUGGGCUACAGUUAUGACCUUCAUGACUAAUCUCAUCGUGUAACCAACGAGCUGCUGGCUCGGCCCAAGAAAAUGGAGAGCAACUUAAAAAAAGAAGCACAACUUCUGUUGACUGAGUUCCUGUGGUUGACCUGGAUGUGCUGCAGUUACAGCUAGAAACGAUCCCACCCUGUUCUUUAGGUUCAGCACAGUCUGUGACAUAAAAGCAUGCUGAUUGGUCAGGUGGCAAAAUAAUGUGCUGGGGUCACCUUUCCCACCUUUGUUGUCGUGAACACGCACAACCUUCCUUCAUCGGCUGCUGUACCUCCUGAUCACACAAACACAGAAGGAGAUCCUGAAGCUUCUCAUUGUGCAAUUAGCCUCGCUGAGGACUCCUUGGUCCACGAACAGGCGCAUCUUCAGAUCAUGGAGACAUUUGCAGUUUGUAAAAUUUGAUCCUCAGCUGCUUCGGCUUAUUUUUAUUAUACGCCUGAGACUUUCUUACCAACCAUGUGUAACACACAGACCUGAUUGUAGCCUCACAUACGGAAGGAAAACAUUGAGCUGGGAAGUUUGGAUAAAAUGCUUUUGGAGGAUGUCGAAGGUCCGAGUAGCUGGAUAUGUGUAGCAGUGUUGAAAUGGACUGAAGCUGUGGUAGCUGCAGUUUCUGUCACCUCUGAGGGAUCCGUGUUUCAUGCAGGUGCUUACUCCCCAUUGGCUUUCCUGUUUGCCGUCUUCCCUGACUGAGUCAGACUCUCACUAAUUGCAUUUCACAGGAAAUGUUUUCGCUUAUAUUUCUUCCAGUGCUUUGUUUCUGAUAACUGUGAUGCAGUAGAACACUACAGACGCAGUCACACAGCUGCUGGGACUCUUGAGCACCGUCCGUCGAGCGUAUGCUGUACUUGAACAGACUUCUUCCUGGGAGAUUCAAAGAACGUUCGGCACAGUUUAAUGAAAGAGUGGAUUCUUUUACAGUCGCGUAACGCAGGCCAAAUUUACGUUUCACACUCUUUCCCUCAUAGUUUGAAUCAGUUGGCAUCUUUGAUUCAAUCUCAUUCAUUGGACACAUGAAUUAUAGAUAAUGCUCUUAUUUUGAAAUUAAAGAACCUUAAGAACGUU